AUGUCCAGGAACGUCUCAACCGGGUCGACGAAGUCGAGACCCUCUGCUCUUUCCACAAAGUCCUUUACUCGUUACGAGCCUCCUGCUGCCUCCUCUUCCGCGGGUGCGGGUAGGAGUAGAGCCAGCACCAUUCAAUCCGUUACCUCUCUGAAAUCCCCAAAGAAGCAGGACUCUUCACCCGAAGACAUCUUUGAAAAGCCUAUAAACGAAGAAGAUGAGCCCGCAUCCCCGGACCUGGGACGGGUCAGCAGCCUUCCAGAUCGCUUUGAUGAACUGCCUAUAGAACUGGCAAGCCUGACCGACAGAUUCAUCGACUCCCUCAGUGCUAAAAUAUACAAUGAACCGCCCACAAUCGACCAGUUGUCGGAACUGUUUCAGGAAUUCUAUGCUCGAGCAUCUGGAGCAAUUGCUAUUCACAUAUCCGCCCUCAAGUCCCGCCUCCAUCGGGACCAGUCGCCAACACCCUCCAAACCUACCUCCCGCUCCAGACCUUUGCAAAACAAGCCCUCAAGUGAUUCUCUCCGUCCAUUGGACCAAAGAGGAGGCUCUCAGCAGAUGCUAACGGCUUCUGAAGUCACCGAGAGACGCAAACAGAGAAAACUGCUGGAAUACAAGAGGAUUGUCCUCGAAGAGGCAGUGGAGAAGAGAGUAUGUGAAAAGAUCUAUGACAAAAUAUGGAGACACAAAAGCACCCUGGAUGAGGUCAGAGACGAGAAGCUGAGAUCGAAAACGGCAGCGUUGGCAUUGGUAGGGAUAGGUCUGAAAGACCUGGGCAUCGACUGGAGCGAAGAUACUGAAAAAUCGGUCGAAGACGUUCAAGCCUCCCUUGCUCCGGCGCGAGAGAGUCUGGCUAAGAUGAAUGAAGAACGCUAUCCACUAGGGAAAUUGCAGCACCUCACCACCGCCCAUAAAGCCGUUGUUGAUACUCUGUACUCAAUACACCCUUCCUCCUCCUCUGCCGACGAGAUCCUGCCGACCCUGAUUUACACCUUGAUCACGUCCCCGGUUGAAGGUAUCAACAUUAUUAGCAAUCUCUAUUUCAUCCAGCGAUUCAGAGCGGCUCCAAAAAUCGAUGGCGAGGCUGCCUAUUGCCUCACAAAUCUGGAAGCUGCGAUCACCUUCCUGGAAGAUGUCGACCUGGCGAGUUUGAGGGCGGAUGAAAUGCCAGAAGGCCCCAAAAAGAUACCAUCGCAGUCGGAAGGAGAAGACGGCUCAGAUAAGCUUGAAAACUUUCCCUUGUUGCCCGAGUCGGCCCCUGCACCCUUGUCUCCUACAACGGCCACUUCGACGUCCCACGCUACAGGCACAGCCAUCCCAACAAGUCAAAAUUCGUCGAUCGUGAAGGCCCUUCCCGAAAAGCCCACGCCCACUCCCUCUACCCGACAUCAACGUACAUUUUCGGACCUUCUACAGCCCAUAAGCAACGCGAAUGAGGCCGUCCGCUCCACGGCAGAAGAAGGUUUCAAAAACAUCUCCAAUAGCCUGGACAACAGCUUUAAAUUUCUUCUUGGCAAGUUGAAGGAACGAGGCACUGAAGGUCCCAAUACUGAAAUUAUCCUUCCCAAGACGUUGGACGAGGCCAGGCAACUUGUUAGUCGACCUUUGACUCCUGACGAAGACGACCACGCUCUCAGCGAGGCAAGUUCCAUACACGACGGACAGUCUAGCCCCAUGCCCUCUAAUCUGACAAAGACGGAAGAGAAACUGCUAGGCUUAUUAGGAGGUCGAAAAGCAGCCGCCCGGGAGCGGAGUGUGGACAGCGUUCAGAGCAAUGGAAGCGGCGCCGGGAAAAGGAUGGGCUUCCUUUCAGGAAACACGAAUUCGCCCCCAAAUGGUGCUGCUACAACAGCAGCAGCAAGCGGGCCUCCGCAAAAGCCCACACCACCACCAGCCCAACCGACAGCCACCAAUCCCCUCGAGACAGUAAGGAAUUUUGGCAACAGUCUCAAUCCAAUGAGUUCCAUAGGCUCUGCACUUGGUGGUGCAUUUGGAAGAUUUGGUGGCAGGGCAGCUGCUGCGUCAGCUUCUCCGCCUGCCGUACAGACCCCUCCUACUCCAACGAUAGUUGUCGCCCAAGGGAACAAGCAAGAUUCACCCGAGGAGAAAAAUAAGCCAACGCCCGAAGCCUCUUUACGGUCGCCGGAUCAAGACGAAUUGGUGGCUAUCAAGGCCAUGCCGCCUAUUACAAGGUUCAUGAAAAUAGCUGAUGCGAAAGACUUAAGACUUGGCGAGGUGCAAGAGUUGCUUGCAGAUUACCAGCGGCUUGCGAAGGUGUUGGGAAAGCUGGUAUUGAAGGCUGAGGAUGAUGCUGAGGUGGAGACAGGCGAGGCAAGCGACAUGGCUGAGGUUGGGCCAGACACAAGCGCAAGCGAGAAGAGCAAAAGUUGA